GCAUAAGCUGCGACAUGCGCGUACGUUUUUGGAGAUACGCGGAAGAGCGCUCUCUUGUUGCUGCCGACGUUGAACCAGUCGCACAGCAGCGCGGGGUCCGCGGCCAUGUCGCUCAAGUCGACUCAGAAAUCAAGACCCAGCGUAAGUUGCGCGUACAUCGUUGCGUGUACCUCGCUGCAGAUAAGCGGAGAGCGCCCUCGUGUUGCUGCCGACGUUGAACCAGUCGCACAGCAGCGCGGGGUCCGCCGCCAUCUCGUCGUCCGCUGCCACCACCGCCACCCGCCACUGCUGUGCGCGCGCGCGCGAAUCCCCCGCCAACCUCCCCGCUUUCCCUCCCGCGCCUCCGCCUCCGCCGUCCCACUCCACUCCGCCAACCUGCUUCCGCCCUUCCCACUUUCCCCCGUUACCGCUCUUCGAGGAUAAAGACCGCGUACUAAGCGGGACUUCGUCCUCCUCAUCCUCCUCGUCCUCGUUGCCCGCCCACGCUUUCCGUCUAAUCCCCCGCGGCGUCGCUGACGUUUCGUCGUCGUCGAGAUUCGAACCCGGGCCGUUCGUUUUGCCUAUUGGGAUCGCGAACAACGGCACCACGUCGUACACGUCUCCUAUUCGCCGAUUGUGCGCCUCGAGCCCGAUAUCGACGGCUUCGAGAGGAACGUUCGUGCGGACUUCCACCUCUAACACGUCAUCUUGCGCGCUCCCCGCCAGAACCGCCGUUUGCGGAAAGAAGCCGCGCGCCACCGGGCAACCCGCGGGGACGGGGUCGGUGAGCGGAGUGAGCGCCGCGGGGUCGCGGGCAACGAGCUCGCGGAUACGCACGCGACGCUCGCGUUGCACCGCCAUUUCUUCGCGCACGGACAGCCGCUGGGGUCCUGCGCUGCGCCUUUUGAAGGGUACCGCGCGUGUGGAACAGCUGGCGGAAUUAUUACUGGCAGCUUCCCCCCCGCGCAAACCCGGUGCAUCGCAUGAAGAGUUUGCGGCGGGCGGCGUCGGGGGCUGCGGCGGCGCCGUGCACACAAUCCGGCAAAUGCCGAGAUCUGAUUGGCAGGAUUCGUCGAAGAGCACGGGGUGGUGCCAUGGAUGCGACAUGUCGCGCGGUUUAGAGCAGCGUUCGCAUAUGGAAGAUGAGGAAGUAUUUCCUUUUGAAGACGAGAACGAGGAAGCCAUAGGGUCGGGUGUGGGGAAUGGACGCUGCUGAAGCGGAGGAUUUAAGCGCGGAAUGCAAGUGCCAACAUCUACGAAAUCCAUGGCUGCUGUCGCCGCGGCUGACGACAGUUCGAGACCUGGUCUAAUUUACGCGUGGACUGCCAGUCAUGACUCUGGGUUAGUGGUGCAGCAGCCUAUUUAGUAGUCAGUAUUGUUCCUCCGCCUAUCUCACCCAGCUAAGUCAUCCUCUCACAUCCUUACAUCAGUAGUCAUAAACUAAAUAGGAGUUGAUCGGCCUCGCAUAACGCAUGGGAUCCAUGGUCCUCUCUUGUUCACGACAUUGUGGGAAGUCCUGGUUUUGGCUCACGCUCCUCUUCGCCUCUCGUGAUAAGUCCACAUACAGUAUACAUGGUGAUGUGGGUUUCUCGUCUCUGCUAACAAGUGUUCUCUGUGUGAGUCUCCCCAAGUUUUUGUUCUGAAUGCGGUUGGGUGAGGUUCCGUUUGUG